AUGGCGGCGGCACCGAUCCUCUACCAAGAGACUCGAACAUCGCCUACCCCUGCCCUCCCAUCCUCGAUCCUCCACAUCAAUGCUGGCGGAAACAGCACCUUCAGCCUCGGGCGAAAGCGACCAUUCGAUGAAAUCAGCGGCGUUGACGAGGAAUCAUACGCGCGCAAUCAUCUCGCGACAGAGGGUUCUGUCUUCUUCAGGCCAAAGAGCAAGGUGCCGCACAGCUUUUCCUGGCGCAUUCUGAAUGACCGCCAGCUACUCGAGGUCCAAUGCGUCGACUUGGUGCUAGAUAACAAGCACUCCAAGGCCGAUUCAUUCCUCACAUUCCACAUAUCACUCUCAAGCAAGAUUGUACCAGGCGGUGUGGCGCUUGCGGAUGUUGAAGAGAAGGACGCCUUGGAGAUCUUCGUGAUCACGACCAACAAUGAACUGUACACUAUCACAUUGCGCCGCGAUCUGCUGGUGAGGGAGACUGUACCCGCCGAUUUCGACUCUGCGACAUGCGUCAAGAAAUACUCGCCUAGCGCAUUCAGCAACAAGCACCCGUACCGCUUCGUUGCCUUCAGCCAUCGCGAAUUGUUUGUGUCGCUGCACGAUGGAAGCAUGCUCAAGCUGAGCCGCGAGCAGAACGAGAGUGGGAGCAACUGGCGAGAAACACAUUUCAGCGAAGGAGGAUGGUCGGGUACACUGAAGCGACAACUGCCUCUAUAUCGCCCGCGUACUGUUCGUUAUGGAAAGGUGGAAUUGUUUGACGAUGCGAUUGCUGCAAUCGCGAAGAGUCCGGAUGGAAAAUACAUUUGGACUGUAGGAUUGGACCAUGUUCUGAAGGCUUGGAACGCGGAGACAGGCAAGAUCGCUGCACAGUCAGACCUUGUGGAGGAUACACAAGACGAAGAUGAACGCAAGAAGCAGCCUCGCUACUUGAUGAGUCCUGAGCAGAGCGCACUGUUGCAAAUAGUUGCUCCGCCAGCGGCUGCUGACCGUCGGGCCGUCAGCAAAGCCAACGUGUCCGGGCCCUACUUCAUCGUGGCACACUCUCCGAAGGAUCAUCGCUUUGUAUUUUACGAAGUGACCACUGCAUUCAGCUCAAUCGACGGCGACCGCAUCGAGUUCCAGAACAUGCAGCCCCAUUCAGAGUUGAUACCUCCUAUCGACGUUCUCUUGAACACCACAAUUUGGCUUCUCGAGCAUUUCUGUGUCAAACCGGGCCCGGAAUGGAGUAACUCUCAGCUGUGGCUCAGAGCAAGAAGCGGCGUUGUUUGCAAGACUUUCAUGCUGCCCUUCGAUCUCCUUGUCAAUGGCAAUGCUGUUGACUUGAGCGAAGCUUUCCAAUCCGGCUGGACAGCGGUAGACUCCUCAUACCUGACAACCGAACAGCUGAAAGGAUCCGCGGACUUCGAAGCACUCGGUACUGAUGCUGAUUGCGAUCUGACUUCCAGUGAGAGGUGGCUCCAAUACCUUUUCUACCCGGGUCGUUUCACACAAGCCUCGCUUGAGACGGCGCUUCAUAUCUAUCGCAAGGGACGCAGUCUGCCAAAAACCUCUGGUAAAUCUCUUACUACCCAGCCGCUGAAACAGCGCAUGGUCGACGCGAUCUCAUCCAAGAUUCUUCUCCGGCGUCUGCCCAAUGAUCAGCCGGAUUAUGACCGCUACCAGAGCGACCUCCAGACACAAUGGGGCACCUACUUCUCGGUUCUGUCACACUUGCACAACCGACGACAUGAGUCCAUUGGAUUCGCAUUUGAUCUGGAUCAUGAACUACCGUGGACGGUCUGUGCCGAUUUCAUUGCACCUGCCCGAGCAAGCAGCGCAAUCGAGCUGCUCGAACUCAAUGCAGAUCUUCUUAUGAGCGGCAAAGCUGCUGAAAUGCAUCCAACAAUCUCAAAUCGCAUAUGGCAAAAGGACGAAGAGGUAAUAACGAGUCAACUAAUGGCCGUGGCUCAGCAAUUUCGACGCUACUUUCCAGCAACGACCCAAGAGAAGCUGCGCGCUACAGCUGUAUUUCAUGCCCUGGAGCCGGAGAUCGACAGUUCGGAGCAAGACAAAGAAGACAAAUUGGACACCAUCUAUGCAUCUUGCGGACUGCAAGACAGCAUCACAGAUGCCGACUACGACUCUCUCAACGAUGCUGCCGAGGCUUUCGGCGGGCUUGGUAGCGUCACAGACGACAUGAUUCUUGCGGUCAUAGAAUUGGCCGAGGACCUGAACUACGGCCACGAUCGUGGAGAGAAACUUGCACGAUAUGGCCGCCGCGUAACCAUAGCCAUUGUUCAGGAGACGCUUGUGCGCAUGCAGGCAAUGCUCUUGGACCUGCUUGCAUUGAUAUCGUUCCUGCACUGCGACCUCGAGCAGGGAGAACUGAGCGCAGGCUUCAACCCACUACAAAUGUAUGAUUCGAUCAUGCUGCGUUUGAAACACACCGAGCUGUGUCUUUGGCUUGUAAGGAAUACUGAGCAGCUUACUCAAGGAGCGGAGCCUCAAACAUUGUACGAAUCAAUGUUUAAGGGAGGCUGGACCCCGUCACGUAACGAGGACUUGACGCUACCAGAAUUGUUGACCGUCUGGAGCAGAAAUUGGUGUCUUGGACUGGACUCAGGCAAGUUGCACACUAUCACUGCUGGAAUCCUCGGCCACCUCAUCCAACACAAGCAUUUCGAUCUGGCGCAAGACUUCACCAAGUUCCUGCCCGACACAGCGUGGAUUGCUUACCUCAAAGGCCGAUUAUACCUGGCGACUGGCGACUAUGCGGUAGCCAGCAUCGCCUUCAAGGCAGGAGCCGAAGAGUUGUCAAACCACAGUCCCAAUGAGGAAAACUUCUUGUCGAACGACGAGCGCAAUUACUUUGGCCGCAAAGGCCCGGCCGGAAUGAUGUUCUACUUUCAGCAUGUUUCUUCUCUAUACGAGGGGCUGAAGAACUAUGCGUAUACCGCAGAUUUUGCUGCUCUUGCUUUGGGACAAAUUGAUGGCAAGAAGUUGGACCAACAGCUUAAGCGCAUUGAUCAUCAGAAGAGCAUUCAGGACAGUCCGCUACCGAAGAAGGUGGAGAAUAUGGGAGAGGAGCUUGCCGUCAUCCGUAUCAAGGAAGCCACCAUCGAACUCUGGAACCGCCUUUUCAAUGCCCGCGUGCAAACGGGUCAUUUCGAGCUGGCGUACGACGUGCUGAAACAUAUCCAGAAUCCUGCGCUUCAAAAGUCCAAUCUGCAAACACUGUUGCAGACAUGUGUGAAGAGCGACGCGGUGUCGAUCUUGCUGAGUUUGCCGCUUGAAGGGGAAUUGGUUUCUGAAGCGGACAGAAUCCUGCUGCAACUCGCUAAGAGGAGCAUUUCCUCCGGCCUGCCUUCCGGACCACCCUAUCACGAGAUCUUGUUCGCUUUCCGAGCGCAACAUUCCAACUUCAGAGGCGCUGCAGCGAUCCUGUACGAACACCUCGAACGCUUGCGGAUCACGCAUCGGAUGGCCAUUCUGGAUCCUGAUGAUGAGACGCUGAUCCAUAUCUACGUGUUGCUCAUCAAUACUCUCGCUUGUUGUGGCGAAGAAGCUUGGCUAUUAGCGGAUCCUCCACACGACAUACCCGGUGCGGAGAGAAAGAGGAAGCUGGUGACGCUGGAUGAUAUUAGGAGAGAUUACACGGCGGAGCUUGAUCGCAGGAGCGAUAUCUCGCAGGGCAGGUUUCCGUUGUUUGGAGGUGAUGAGAUGGAUAUGUUGUGA